CCGCUUAUAAACAAAACAAAAUUAUAUAUUUUAAUAAAUAGAGUAUAUAUUUUAGGACCCUUGUUUGAUUUUAUUCAGUCCUCAACGCAGCUUCUCUAUCUGCCUUAUUCGGUCACGUUCGGUCGCUCUGCAUUCUCUGGUAAAGAUGAUGGAUGAAGAUAUAAGAUUCAGAUAUAUGCAAUUGCUUCAUAUGAUGAUUGGUCAACUGUCAGGCAUUCUAGCUGCAAUUUGUGCAAUGAAAGCCAAAUCUUCAAAAAGAGCGAGGGAAGAUGAUGAUGGUGAUAAUACAAACAUGGCUGAAAUUGCUAAAUCUCUUAAAAAAUUGGUCGACCUGUUUGAAAAGACUACAGAAGAGUUAGUCAAACAAAGUAAGAAUGCUAGUGCAGAGGGUAUUUGGGCACAAUUGGAGGACAUAGGUGUUGAACCAGAUCUCUUGCCUCGUGUAUACAUGCACCUUAUUGAAAAUCCUGAUGCCUUGAAAGCUUUUAAUGGAGUUCCAGUUCACAGGCGUAAGGAAAUGCUACCUCAUAUUUCACCUUAUAUGAGGACAUAUCAAACUGAUGAUUUUGCUCUUCUUUAGGGGUAAUAUAUGUCGAUAAUUCUUUUUAGUUUACCUAAUAUCUGUCAUUUUGAACUUGUCUUGAAUGUGUUACAUUUGGUGGGUUUUGAGAAUGUUGUAUUGUGGUUUUGCAGAUUUUGUAAUUUGUGGGGGUCUCGGAAAAAGAAUAUCUUUGUAUGCUACUGGCGUACGUUGGCAUUAUCAUUCUGUCUAUCGGAUUUCAACUUGUAUGACUUGACUUUCUUCUCUAAGAUUUUAUAACGCUAUUUCCUUUUAAGAUUUUCGUAUUGGUGAAUGUUUUGCUUCUCUUAAUGGAAAGAUUUGUUAUUUUA